AUGUCUCCGGCGGCUGCGGCGCCUGGAGGAGGCGAGCGGCGGCGGCCCAUAGCGAGUGCCAGGGACUGCCGGGGCCGGGGCUGGGGGUGCGGCGGGGCGGCGCUCCUCGGCCUGUCGCUGCUCGGCCUCGUCCUGUACCUGGUGCCGGCGGCGGCCGCGCUGGCCUGGCUGGCCGUGGGGGCUACCGCGGCCUGGUGGGGACUGAGCCGCGAGCCCCGCGGUUCGCGCGCCUUCUCCUCGCUCGUUCGGAACGCGCGGCGUCAGCGAAUACUGUUCACCUCGUCUCCGGCCAAGUCGGCGGUAAACGGAAACCUCCUAGAGCCGCGGACCCCGCUCCAAGGACCCGACCCCGCUGAACUGCUCCUUAUGGGCAGUUACCAGGGCAAGCCCGGCCCCCCGCAGCCGGCCCCCGUUCCGGAGGCCAGGAACGUGCGGGAGAGGCAGACCCGCCGCCUUCCCACCCGCACCUCGCCGCCGCCGGGUCACUCGGUUCAUCGCGUUCAUCACAUUCACUCCUCUCACCCCACUCCUCUUUUUGGACCCCCCAGGAGGCCCACCCACAGGGAUUGUGGAACUUUAUCAAAUCGAUUUUUAAUAACACCUCGAAGACACUAUCCAAUUCAACAGGCCCAAUAUUCCUUUCUGGGGGUACUUCCCACAGUGUCCUGGAAUGGUUAUCACAAGACUGUGCUAUCCCCUCAUAAUUCCAAGAUGGUGUGCAGUCCAGUGACGGUGAGGAUUGCUCCUCCUGAUAGCAAAUUGACUCGUUCUCCCAUAACAGAGCAGUUAAUUAGCUCAACACUGUCCUCACCAUCGAGUAAUGCUCCAGACCCAUGUGCAAAGGAGACUGUACUGAGUGCCCUCAAAGAGAGGAAGAAAAGAACAGUGGAGGAAGAAGAACAAAUAGUCACCGAUGGCCAGGAAAAUAAAAGAAGGCGCCAUGACAGCAGUGGGAGUGGACAUUCAGCAUUUGAGCCCCUGGUGGCCAAUGGCGUCCCUGCUUCUUUUGUGCCUAAGCCUGGGUCUCUGAAAAGAGGUCUCAAUUCCCAGAGCUCAGAUGACCACUUGAAUAAGAGAUCCCGCACCUCCUCUAUGAGCUCCAUGACGAGCACAUACACAGGUGGCAUCCUUAGCUCCAGCCGCAAUGCCAUCACCAGUUCUUACAGUUCUACCCAAGGUUUCUCUCAGCUAUGGAAGAGAAGUGGUCCAAGUUCAUCACCCUUUUCCAGCCCAGCCUCAUCCCGCUCCCAGACACCAGAGAGGCCAGCAAAAAAAAUCAGAGAAGAGGAACUUUCCCAUCAUUCUAGUCCUUCAACUCCAUUAGUAACCGACAAGGAGUCCCAGGGAGAAAGGGUUGUAGAUACAACCACAUGGAAGAAACAGAACUUGAGGAAUUCCCCAUCUACACCUGGCAGCUCUGGGCAGCGUAAACGGAAGAUUCAGCUGCUGCCCUCCAGGCGAGGAGACCAGCUGACGUUGCCUCCACCUCCCCAGCUUGGUUAUUCAAUUACUGCUGAGGACCUAGACUUGGAAAAGAAAGCUUCAUUACGAUGGUUUAACAAAGUCUUGGAAGAUAAGACUGAUGCUGCCUCAAGCUCAGUCACUGAGAACCCACCUACCACUCAGCCUUUUACUUUUACCCUGCCUACUUCUGGGACUGCUCCCUCCCCAACCUCUCUCCCAGCCCCAAGCACUAAUCCACUGUUGGAGAGCUUGAAGAAGAUGCAGGAUUCCCCAGGCCUAACAUCCCUCCCAGAUGAUUCAACUGGAGUGGCAAUUCCCGAGGCCCAAUCGCCUCCGAAGACACCCAGCCUUCUGGGCCCUCUUGGCUCUUCACAGUCAACACCCCUUCCAGGCACCUCCUCAGACUCCAAACCCACAAUAUCUUUCUUGGGGCUGUCCCCUACUUCCGUACCAGUCACUGACACCACCAAGUCACCUCAGGCUGAGACAUCUGCCCCAUCCCAGGCCCUGUCUGCCCCGGCCCCCAGCCCCAAGCCAAGUCUUCUGUUUGGAAUGCUGAGCACUCCCCCUGCUAACCCUUCUGCCUCUGCAGCUCCUGCUGUGUCUUCAGCAUCUCCCAUGUUCAAGCCCAUUUUUAAGGCUCCACCUAAAAGUGAGAAUGAGGGCCCCUUGCCAUGUAGCCCUUCCAAGGCCACAACCACAGCAUCUUUUAGCUCUACCCUUCCCACGACUACCAGCACCUCACCCAUUCCUUUCAAACCUCUUUUUGGCAACAUGGCACCAUCUACAUCUGUGUCCUUGCCAACUCCCUUCUCCUUCAAUCAGACAACUACUACAGCCACAACCACAAACGCCCCUCUCUUCACUGGCCAGGCCAGUGCCACCUCAACAGUGGCUUCUGCGACCACAGCCAGCACCUCCACAGACUCAGCUUCGAAGCCUACCUUUGGCUUUGGUGUGAGCAAUGUGACCAGCACCAUGAACAGCAUGACUAGCACCACCACUUCCACCUCCCAGCCUUUCCUCUUUGGGAAUCCCCCCGCCUCUGGUGCCAGCUUUACACCAGCUAUAGGCUCCAUAUUCCAAUUUGGCAAGCUUUCUGCCAUUCCUACUUCAACAACAACGACAACCACCACCACCUUUGGCCAGCCCCUACCCGGUGCCGUGCAGGCAGCCACCAGCAGCAGCACCACUGGCUUUAGUGGUUUUGGCAGCACCCUUACAACUUCGGCCCCGGUCACCACCAGCCAGCCUACCCUGACAUUCAGUAGCUCCACCACCCCAACAUUCAACAUUCCCUUUGGCUCAAGCACCAAGGCCCCUCUCCCAUCAUAUCCGGGAACCAACCCCCAGCCUUUUGGGGCCACUGAUGGGCAGCCGCAGGGUGCUACCAAGCCAACCCUUGCCCCUAGCUUUGGCAACUCUUUCACUUUUGGAAACUCUGCAGCCUCGGCCCCAACUGCAACUCCAGCACCAACCCCACCCCAGCCAGCCUUUGGCAACACUGCGCAGUCAGCUUUUGGUGGUUUGAAACCCACAGCCUCUGCCUUUGGCACCCCUGCCAGCACCCAGCCAGCCUUUGGCAGCACCACAGCUGCCUUCUCCUUUGGUGCAGCCACCACUUCUGGCUUUGGAGCUACAACCCAGACUACCAGCAGCGGGACCAGUAGUUCAGUGUUUGGCAGCACAGCACCAUCGCCCUUCACAUUUGGGGGCUCGGCAGCCCCAACUGGCAGUGGGGGUUUUGGGAUCAAUGUGGCUACCCCAGGCACAAGCUCUACCUCUGGAGCAUUCAACUUUGGAGGAGGACAGAGUGGGACCACUGGUAACACAGCCCCCUUUGGGGGAGGCUUGAGUCAGAACACACUGGGAGCACCCAGCCAGAGCACACCCUUUGCCUUCAAUGUGGCCAGCACACCUGAGAGCAAGCCUGUGUUUGGAGGUACCUCCACACCCACCUUCGGUCAGAACACCCCUGCCCCUGGAGUGGGCACAUCAGGAAGCAGCCUCUCCUUUGGGGCAUCCUCCACGCCCACCCAGGGCUUUGUUGGAGUCGGACCUUUCGGAUCGGCGGCCCCUUCAUUUUCCAUUGGUGCAGGAUCCAAGACCCCAGGGGCUCGACAGCGACUGCAGGCCCGAAGGCAGCACACCCGAAAGAAAUAG